CUGGUGGUCAAUGGCAUUGGCCGAGCCUCAUCUUAAAACAUUGCCAUUCCCUAGAAAAAUUAGAUAUUUUUAAAUCUUUUCCCUGACAUCAAUCUCCUACUUCCCAUCAUCCCAUGGAUUCUUAGCCCCACACUCGAUCAGAUUUCGAACAAAUCGGUUUAAUGGGUUCUCACGAGGAAGAGAGGCUGCUCCUCGAAGACGGUCUGGUUGAGUUAUGUUCUGCUCUUUUGGGCAACAGUAGAAAGAAGGGAAUUUUCAUAUUCUAUGCUGAUACCGUGUUAUUGGGAAUCGAAGGGUUCUUUGAUCUGCCCAGUCAUCUUUAUGGUUUUAAAUACGAGGGGUUCUUUGAUCUGCCCAGUCAUCUCGCCAAUGUUAGCACUCAUAAUGGUAGUAACGGACUAUAUACCGGUGAUGGUUCUGUGGACAUUAAGGGGAACCCUGUUUUAAAGAGAAACACUGGGAAUUGGAGAGCAUGUCCAUUCAUCCUAGGGACUGAAUGUUGUGAGCGUUUGGCUUACUAUGGUAUUGCGACUAACCUUGUUAGUUAUCUCACUAGAAAGUUACAUGAAGGGAAUGUGUCAGCUGCUAGAAACGUGACCACUUGGCAAGGGACGUGUUACCUAACUCCCUUAAUUGGGGCAGUCUUAGCAGAUGCUUACUGGGGACGAUAUUGGACAAUCGCUGUCUUUUCCACUCUUUACUUCAUUGGUAUGUGCACAUUGACUCUCUCUGCAACCAUACCAUCCUUGAAACCUCCGGAAUGUAUGAACAUGGUGUGCCCAACCGCAUCACCCGCUCAGUAUGCACUGGGGACAGGAGGGAUCAAACCAUGCGUCUCCUCCUUGGGUGCCGACCAGUUUGACGACACUGACCCUGGCGAAAGAGUGAAAAAGGGGUCCUUCUUCAAUUGGUUCUAUUUCUCCAUCAAUAUUGGUGCCCUGGUGUCGAGCAGCCUGAUCGUGUGGAUUCAGGACAAGCAUGGGUGGGGCCUCGGUUUCGGCAUCCCCGCUCUCUUCAUGGGGGUUGCUAUAGUAAGUUUCUUGUCGGGCACACCUCUGUACAGGUUCCAGAAGCCAGGAGGAAGCCCGAUUACGAGAAUGUGGCAGGUCGUGGUUGGCUGUUGCCGAAAAUGGAACGUGGCCUUGCCUAGUGACAGCAGCCUUCUGUACGAGACAACGGAUAAAAAGUGGCUUGACAAGGCCGCAGUUGUUUGCGACGGCGAGCGCGAAUGCUGCACGGUGACCCAAGUGGAGGAGCUCAAAAUCUUGAUCCGCAUGUUCCCCAUCUGGGCCACGGGCAUAGUCUUCUCGGCCGUGUACGCACAGAUGUCGACAAUGUUUGUGGAGCAAGGAACCGUGAUGGACACUUCGGUCCCGGGCUUCCCCACUCUCACCAUCCCACCCGCCACUCUCUCCACCUUUGACGUCUUUAGCGUCAUCAUAUGGGUCCCAAUCUACGAUCGCUUCAUUGUCCCCACGGCCCGCCGCCUCACGGGCUGCCCACGCGGCUUCUCCGAGCUCCAGCGCAUGGGAAUCGGACUCUUCCUCUCUGUCCUGUGCAUGUCGGCCGCGGCCAUCGUUGAGGUCCGGCGCCUGGCGUUGGCCUCGGCAUCGGCCCAAAUGAAUGUGUUCUGGCAGGUGCCACAGUAUUUCCUUCUUGGGGCGGCCGAGGUUUUCAUGUUCAUAGGGCAGCUGGAGUUUUUCUACGACCAGUCGCCGGACGCUAUGAGGAGCCUGUGCAGCGCGCUGUCCCUGCUCACGACUGCGCUCGGGAAUUACCUGAGCUCGUUUAUUGUGACGGUGGUGACAGGGCUCACGACGAGCGGAGGGAGGAAGGGAUGGAUUCCGGACAACUUGAAUGAGGGCCGACUCGAUCUCUUCUUCUGGCUACUCGCGGGGCUUAGCUUUCUCAACUUGCUGGUUUAUGUCUUCUGCGCCAAUGUCUAUAAGUCCAAGAAGCCCUCAUCGGGAGCUUGACGCUUUUUAACGGUUUGCAUGUUGGUUGUUGACGUGGAACAUGGAAUUCUGACGUAUGUGAUAUGAUGGAAGAUGUCAAACUGUUGUAUUUAGUGAUUUUAAUGAUGGGAAAACUAAGAUGAGGUUAUGUCACGCAUGAAUCGUGUGAGGAUAUUAUAUUUAUAUAUAUGUCAAUUCCUCUGCUAUUGGUUUUCGAAAUAUGUUGCCAAAGAUUUGAGUUUUCAAGCUAUGUUUUUGGGACCUGCCACCGACUUGGUUAUUUUAUUGUGUUGUACCGCAUCAAACAAUUUAACCAAGAUUUUAUAUAUUAAUCGUUUUUUUUU